GGAGCGAGAAUCGUCAGAACACCGGAGCUCCGGAGGGAGGCCCGGGAGAACUGGGAGAGAGAGGCGUCAUAGGAGUUGAAACCAUAUCAUCAGUUAAGCCAAUGAAGAUGGAGUCGGCAACGGAGGCUCAGCAGGCAGACGCUGCUGUGACUGACGCAGAGAGCCAUCAGAUCACCCCUGCACAAAUCGCUACUCUGGCACAGCACACUAACUUAGCAACGGGCCCUACCGUAACGCUGGUACAGCUCCCUAACGGACAGACGGUUCAAGUCCACGGCGUCAUCCAGGCAGCACAGCCUUCAGUCAUCCAGUCCCCACAGGUCCAGACUGUACAGAUUUCAACCAUCGCAGAAAGUGAAGAUUCUCAAGAGUCUGUAGACAGCGUGAUUGACUCUCAGAAACGCAGAGAGAUUUUGUCACGACGUCCAUCGUACAGGAAAAUCCUAAAUGACCUUUCAUCUGAUGCGCCUGCUGUCGCCCGCAUCGAGGAGGAAAAGGCUGAGGAGGACUCGUCUGCCGCAGCCACCGCCAUCACCACGGUUACCGUCCCCACACCCAUCUACCAGACCAGCAGCGGACAGUACAUUGCCAUCACUCAGGGUGGGGCCAUCCAGCUGGCCAAUAACGGCACGGACGGGGUCCAGGGCCUGCAGACUCUGACCAUGACCAACGCCGCGGCGGCCCAGCCCGGCCCCACCAUCCUCCAGUACGCCCAGACCAGUGACGGACAGCAGAUACUGGUCCCCAGUAACCAGGUGGUGGUCCAAGCUGCCUCUGGUGACGUGCAGGCGUACCAGAUCCGAGCAGCCCCGGCCAGCAGCAUGGCCCCCGGGGUGGUCAUGGCCUCGUCCCCCGCCCUCCCCACCCAGGGGGCCACAGUAGAGGUCACCAGGAAGAGGGAGGUGCGCCUCAUGAAGAACAGAGAGGCAGCGCGGGAAUGUCGCAGGAAGAAGAAGGAGUACGUUAAGUGUCUGGAGAACAGAGUGGCCGUCUUGGAGAACCAAAACAAGACGCUAAUUGAGGAACUGAAAGCCCUUAAAGACCUUUAUUGCCAUAAAUCGGAGUAGUUGCUCUGCCCAACAACAGAGCUGGGCCAAGUAGCAUCUCUGUUUCCUUUAAAUACUUUUAAAGACUGUUUGAUUCUGCCUGCCUGGCCUUCCGGGCUUCCCAGGUUACCCAGGGCGGUUCUGCUUAUGUUACCUUUUCUUCUGCCGGCUCUCUCGAUAAAUUACAAGAUGAGAGUCAAUUGAAAACAGACACACACACAUAUACAAGUAUUUUGUUGUCAUUCAGAAUUAAGGGUAACCAUUAGAAAGUGCCAACUAAGACUUGGUAGUCUAAACCAAUAGUAAUAUUCCUGUAAAAUAGGACUCACUGACUACGUUUACAUGCAGUCAAAAUCUGGGUUAAGGUCAAUAUUCCGGUUACUGAAACAUUAGGAAUAAUCUGUUUCCAUGCGUGAACAAACAGGGUUAUCUACGGAAGAGUAUUAGGGCCAGGCAGGAGAAAAAUAAAAAUAAUAUUUUACUUCGAGAGAAAAGUCAAUGUCGAGAAAUAAAGUCGAAAUGUCAAGAAAAAAUUCAGCGAAUAAAUUUGAAAUGUUGAGAAAAAGGCAAAAUUUUGACUUUAUUCACAAAAUGUCGACUUUAUUCACGAAAUCCCGACUUUAUUCUCGAAAUUGCAACUUUAUUCAUGAAAUUUCAACUUUUUUCUUGAAAUUGU